AUGCGAUACGAUUUUGCCCUGGUGGAGCUGGUCGAUGCAGCGUCCUUGAAUGAAUGCAUUGGGGUAGCAUGCUUGCCGAGUGAGGAUGUCGCUGAUGGCGAGGAGUGCUUCAUCACCGGCUGGGGGACCCUCUCGUCUGGAGGGUCCUCCCCUGACUUGAUGCAGGAGGCGCAGGUGAGUAUCGUCAGCAACUCAGACUGCGGUGCUGCAUAUGGCAACGGCAUGAUCACCGAUGACAUGUUGUGCGCCCAGGGCGUCAACAGCGCUGGGGACGUCACCGACGCCUGCCAAGGGGACAGCGGUGGGCCGCUCGUCUGUGCCUCUGGCGGUGCUGCUUAUGUCUUGCACGGGGCCACGUCUUGGGGCUACGGUUGCGCCAUGGAGCAGUACCCUGGAGUGUGGUCUCGGGUCAGCUACGUACGCGACUGGAUCGACGAGGUUGUGGGGGUGACCGGGUCCCCGACUCCAGCGCCUCCGCCGACUCCAGCACCCCCUCCAACGCCUGCUCCUCAGCACAUGUGGGCGGCCGUUGUCGGCCAGUGCACUCUGGAUGGCAACUGCGUGCAGAGCGCGAACUAUCCACAGAACUACGCUGCAAACCAGGAGUGCACGGUUGAGAUCGAAGAGGCGAAUGCGGCACCGAUCCUCGUUGAGAGCUUCGAUGUAGAGGCGUACUACGACUACCUCAUGGUCAACGGGAAUAUGCAUUCUGGAACGUCGGGUCCCGAUGGGGUCAUCCCGACGGGGAGUAUGUUUUGGUCGUCCGACUUCAGCGUGCAGAGAAGCGGGUGGAGAUUGUGCAUGCCAACUUUGGCACCUGCGCCGCCACCUACGCCAGCGCCGCCAUCGACGCCAGCGCCGACGGACGCAGCCACGGCCGCGCCGACUGCAGCACCGACAGCAGCACCGACGGCUGCACCAACAGCUGUACCGACAGCAGCCCCGACGGCCUUCCCCACAUCUGCACCGACGGCUGCACCAACAGCUGCACCGACAGUAGCCCCGACGGCCUUCCCCACAUCUGCACCGACGGCUGCGCCGACUGCGGCUCCGACUGAUGCUCCGACAGCACCAUCGACAGCUGCUCCUACUGUAUCACCAACGCAGGCACCGACGGCUGCAUCAACAGAUGCUCCAACCCCGUCAUCGACCGCUUCUCCAACAUCAGCACCGACAGCUGCGCCAACUGCGGCACCGACGCUGGUUCCGAGCCCUCCAGUACCCGCCCCUCAGCACAUGUGGGCAGGCAUCAUCGGCCAGUGCACGCUGUUCGGCUCCUGUGUGCAGAGCGCGAACUAUCCACAGAACUACGGUGCAAACGAGGAGUGCACGAUCGAGAUCGACGAGGCGAACGCGGCACCGAUCAUCGUCGAGAGCUUCCAGACGCAGCGGAACGCGGACUACCUCAUCGUCAACGGAGUGCACUAUUCCGGGAGGUCAGGACCCCACGGGGUCGUCCCGACUGGGAGCAUCACGUGGUCGUCCAAUGCCAGGAGGCAGAGGAACGGCUGGAGGUCAGGGCUCGAGCUAAACUGUGUGUUUUUGGUGAUCCCGUGGGCCGUUCUCGUUUUGGCCUCGUUUCGCGGCAAGGGCAGAUCGAAGCAAGGACGAAGGAGCACAAAAACAAAACGAACACGCCGAGCACUGCUCAGCUCGAGCCCUGCUGGAGGUUGUGCAUGCCCGAUUCCCGCGCCCCGCCGCCAGCUCGCCUGCUGGGGGAGGCCGCGGAGCCCGACGCUCCUGCCGGGGCGCCGACGGCGCCGGGCAUCCCAGGCAGGAUCGCGCAGCAGGGCGGUCCUGCGCCCUCCGCCGAGGUGGAAGGCGAAGCGGACAUCGAGGCGAGCAUAA